UCCCUGCAGGGCGAGUCCCGGUCAAAAUAUCGCACCUUUCAGCUUCUUCUCCUUCUCCUUCACCUUCACCUUCCUCUCUCUCCCUCCCUUCUCUUUUCUUUUAAGCCUCUCUUCGCUUCGCUCUAGCUUCUUAAGUUUCCUUCUCCUCCCAGUUGCUUCGUGUAUUUCAUCGAGCACGCUACGACACAGCAGCGGCGAAGAAUUUUGAAGAAAUUCAACUGGGGGCAGUCCCUUUUUUCUUUUUUUUGUGGCAAGAAAUGAUGGGGUUCUCGUCCAAGGAGGAGCGAUCGAGGAGGGUGUUGCGAGGCGUGAAGACCGUCUUCGUCCUCUUCUCCAUGCUCAUCUCCCUCCUCCUCUUCUCUGCCCCGAUCCUGCUUGUCAUCGCCGACACGCUCUUGCCUUCGGCUCUGCUCUCCGCUUCGCUCUCCCCCUCGUCGCGGUCUCUGCAGGACAAGCUCCGCGCCCACCUCACCAACUACGAUUUCCGAUACUCCCUCAUCGACAUCCCCCUCGUGUCGAUCGUCAGAUCGGCUGUCAUCAUCUGUGUGUACAGUUUGUGCGAUGGACCGAGGCUUUGUAGAGGGCCUUACUUGGGGAUAACGACCGCGUGCUCAUUACUGUCCCUGGUGUUUGUUUCGUUCAAGGCUUCUUAUGUGCUCAGUGUUCCGAAUACAAGCAGAGGAGGAUAUAGUAGAGCUUUGGAAAUGGCUCUCUUCAUUUCUUCUUGGCUUCUGGCGAUUGGUCAUAUCAUUGCGGCGUAUAAGAUCAGCUGCCGAGAGAGAAGAAAGCUUCUCGUUUACAAGAUUGACAUUGAAGCUGUCUCAGCCUGCAACCAUGGCUUCCCCAGAUAUCAGAAGAUUCUCCAAGAACACAGAGAGAAAUGAAAAAGAAA